CAUCUCCAAUUUCAUUAUCAAACCAGCCCACCAUUUCCUCCACCUUUCCAAAAAUCACCCCCUCGCUCUCUCUCUCUCACUCACAGAUCUACACUUCGUCUGGAUGGAGGGUUUUCGUGAGAAAAGAAAGAAAAGAGUUAUGGUUCCAUGUGAAAUUCCUCAUUUGAAUUGAAUAUUUUGAUGAGAAAUUAAGAGAAUAGUAAAAAAGAAUUGUUUUAAUAAUACAUUGGCAUCUUCAAAAAAAAUAAAAAUAAAAAUUGUCUUUUCAUUUUUUUAUUUCAUCAUUUCUCACAAUCCAAACGAGCUGCUAGUAUCAAGUUGAUCCAUAGUGGAGUAUUUCUUCAAUUUUAUAUCUUGAGUAAUUUAAUUGGAACUUCCUUUAUCAACCCAAUUUUCAACGGCAUCUCCAAUUUGAUCACAAACCAGCUCACCAUUUCCUCUGCCUCCCACAACUCUCUCUCUCUCUCUCUCUCUCUCUCUCUCUCUCUCUUCACACACACACAGCUAGAAUUCAACCAUGCUGCUUAUUCUGAUAGCCUCUCUACUCCUCACAUCCCUCCUAAUCAAGCUCACACACUCACUCAUAUGGGUCCCACUCCAAAUCCAACACCACUUCCGCAGCCAGGGCAUAACCGGGCCAGGCUACCGCCCGUUCCUCGGCAACUCGGCGGAGAUCCGGCGGCGCAUGAUCGCCGAAGCCGAAUCGGGGCCGAUAUCCGCCUUCACCCACGACGUCGUGAGCCGUUCGAUUCCCCACUACUACAACUGGUCGACGGCUUACGGGAAGACUUUCCUGUACUGGUUCGGGCCGAGGCCCCGUUUGGCCGUGUCCGACCCGGAUAUGAUCAAGGAGGUUUUGUUGAAUACGGGUGGGUCGUUUGAGAAGAUCCCGUUUAACCCUUUGUCUGGGCUUCUGUGGGGACGAGGGCUUGUUGGGCUUGUCGAUGAGAAGUGGGCCGUUCAUAGGAGGAUUGCUGGCCUGGCUUUUAACAUGGAAAGAGUUAAGGGUUGGGUGCCGGAAAUGGUUGCCAGUAGUAUGAAAAUGCUGCAGAAGUGGGAGGAAGAAAGAGGAGGGAGGGACGAGUUCGAGUUGGAAGUGAACAAAGAAGUCAACAACCUUUCGGCAGAUAUUAUAUCUCGGACAGCUUUUGGAAGCAGUUUCGAAGAAGGGAAACGGAUUUUCGAAUUAAUAGACCGCCAAACAAGUCUCGUGUUGCAGGCCUUAAGGAGUGUUUACAUUCCUGGAUUCAGGUUUUUGCCCACAAAGAAGAAUAGAAUGAGGUCGCAGUUGGACAAGGAAACUCGAGAAUCAAUAAGGACACUAAUUGUAAUCAACAACAAAACAAAAGAAAAUUCAAAAAAUCUCCUUUCUUUGUUACUGUCCUCCCAUAGGAAUCAAGAUGGUGUAGAAGAGAGAUUGGGAGUCGAGGAAGUAAUCGAUGAAUGCAAAACCUUCUACUUUGCAGGAAGGGAUACCACUGCUAAUCUUUUGACUUGGGCACUUCUACUUCUUGCAUUGCAUCAAGAAUGGCAAACCAAGGCAAGGGAAGAAGUGUUCUCCAUUUGCAGGGAAUGUGAGGUCCCAACUGCAGAGAAUUUAAAUGAGUUCAAGAUUGUGAGCAUGAUACUAAACGAAACACUCCGGCUCUACCCACCGGCCGUGGCGCUCAUGAGGCAAACCUCAAAAAGAGUAAAGCUAGGAACCCUCGACGUUCCGGCCAAUACCCAACUCUACUUGGCCAUGAUGGCGGUGCACCACGACACUGAGCUAUGGGGAGCAGAUGCUAAUGAGUUCAACCCGAUGAGAUUCACCGAGGCUCGGAAGCAUUUCGCCGCGUUUUUCCCAUUUGGUUUGGGUGCUAGAAUUUGCGUAGGUCAGAAUCUUGCUGUGGUAGAAGCGAAGAUUGUAUUAGCUAUGAUUAUUAGACAGUAUUAUCUCUCUGUAUCGCCGUCGUAUGUUCAUGCCCCUACUCAGUAUGUGACACUGCAACCUCAGCAUGGUGCACAUAUACUCCUCAGGAGGGUUUAAUUGUAAUGGUGGUCCCCAAAGUUGUAGUGAAGUGACACUUUGAUCCCAAAUGAAAUCAUAUAUUCGGAACGUGUAUUUAAA